CACACAGAAGCCAGUCGUCAAAAUCAAACUGACCGGAGCUUUGUUGUGCACUUACAUACAGACUAAAACUGUUAUUGAAAAAGACUCUUACAAAUAAGGAUAAAAAAAACUAUAUUUAGUUGGUAUAGUGGUUUGGCCCAAAGGCAUUAACCACUAUGGCAUUACAAUGGGUGUUAUUACUGGUGUUAGUAACCACUUUAAUAGCAGCCGAAAAGGGUUCAUACGACGAAACUGGCAAUGACUUGCUAAGAUGGUUGGAUAACAGUGGAAGAGGUUUUGGUACAUGGAGGUCUCCUCAAGAAGAUGAAGAUGAAGAAUUAGAAUACUCGGCAAAUAUAUUUAAAAAUGAAAACAGAAAACGAGCACUGUCAUUUUUGACACAUUGGAGACCAUGGAAUCAGUUGAGUGGUAAUGGUAGACAUGUGAUUCGAUCACCAUUCAGUUCGUUUUUCCCGGAUACGGAAGUGCCAUCAAAGGGUAAUAGGCCAGUAGGACAACCACUUAGAUGGGGACGGCGUAGACGUCGAUAAGUCUUUACUUAUUUUUAAUCGACAAUAAAAAUGUUUAAUCAAAAUAUACAAUUUAUAUACAUUUUUUUUUGUUCGAUGU